GUUUGCGCUUGCGUAACGAAAAAUAAACACAACGAAACGACAUUUUUCAGUGUCAAUUGAAAAUGUCAAAAAUUCGUUUUAUUUAAGAAAUUUGUGUGUUGCAGCAGAGAUUUUAAAAAUGAGUAAUGGGUAGAAGUAGGUCCAGAUCGAAAUCGCCUUCCAGAAGAAGGGAAAGGGAGCGAGACAGAGAGCGAGAACGUGAAAGAGAUCGUCGACGGAGAAAGAGAUCAAGAGAUAAAUCCAGAGACAGAUCCAAAGAAAGGGAUAGGAGAAGGCAGCAUUCCCAUGAUAGGGAUAAUCGACGAAGAUUUUCUCGUUCUAGGUCGAGAUCACUCGACAGGGAAAAGAAAAAAUCUAACUAUGUUGAUAAACCAACAAUUACUGCGGCGGAUUUAGAGGGGAAAACACCAGAUGAACAAGAUAUGCUUAGGAUGAUGGGAUUUUGUAAUUUUGACACUACGAAGAAUAAAAAAGUUGAUGGAAAUGAUGUAGGAGGUGUUCAUGUUAUUCUAAAAAGAAAGUAUAGGCAAUAUAUGAACAGAAAAGGAGGUUUUAAUAGACCUCUUGAUUUUGUUGCGUAAUUAAAAUUUCUGUAGGUAAUAUAAUGUGUAGAUCCUCAGGUGGAAAAGUUAAUAAUUUAUCGAACAGUACAUUUACAACUUAUGUAAGUACAUUUUAUUUUUAGUAUGUGUAUUACCUAUUAGGGAAAUUAAUUUUCGUUGUUAAUUUGUGGUGUGGUUAUAAUUGUAAAUUGGAUAUGUAAUUAUUGGAUAAGCUGCGAUUAUUAAUUAUUUCAAAUAUAAAUUCACAUUACGCUA